AUGGCAUCAGCGCCAAAUACAAAUCCUUUACUUGAAUAUUUGGAAGAUGGAAAAGCUUAUGAGUUAGAUUUUGGUGAUACAUGGAAUUCAAUAAACGAUGGAAAUUCAUCGAAAUAUGGUUACCAUACUAUUAAAUAUGAUUUUAAGCCGGCCUCUGUUGCCAAAUCUGAACAAGCCGAGUUAAAUGUGGGUUCAACACAAGAUGUUUCAAUUACAUUACCAAAUGUUGAAGGCUCAUUAACUCAAUCAACGAAAUUUUCUGGAAAUACAAAAUCAUAUACACCAAAAGAAUGCUUGAUGAUAAUUGAUCCUCAAACUGGUAAAAUAGUGCUUGAACGUUUAUCAGCAAAUGUCAGAGUAAAAAAUGUUCGUAUGGAAAAUCGUACUGUAAAUCCACCAAUAAAGCCAGCAGUUCCACGUACCAAUGUAAUAGAAUCUCUACCAGAUAAAAAACCAACGAAACCAACAAUAGCAACAACAACGACACUGGCAACAGCAACUACAAUCAGUAAACCAACAACACAAAAAGUAACAAAUCCUAGUAAACCAAUAGUCAAUGCACCUGUUAAACCAAUGCCUGCCAAGCGAACAUUAUCUUCUGCGGAUGAUCGACUUAGUGAUGAAGAAUCUUCACCAGAUUCACCUGAGACUGCUGCAAUAUCUGUGUCGAUUCCAGCAGCACCGGUGCAAACAAAUGUAAUAGCAAGACGUUCAUCUCAUACAACACUUGAACAAGAUCUUCAACUUAGUGAUACAAGCGAUGAAGAAAAUUAA